AUGUCGUCUUUAAACAUGGACCCCAACCUCUCCGCUGCCAUGCAUCCGCAGCAGGUUGCCGUUGCCGCCAACAACCUGCAGCAGGGCGCCGCCCACCCCAGCAUCCUCCCACACCCGGCCCCGGCCCCAUCCCACCACGGCCCCGGCCGCCCCCCAAACUCGGAGAGGCAGCUUGUUAUCGACGGCCGCCGCUUCCAGCGUCUCGAGGACAACGUCAACAAGCUGCUCGAGCUCACCCAGCUCAUGAUGAACCGCCAGGAGGAGCUCAACGACAUCAUGGUCCAGCGCCACCAGAACCUGCAGAACCAGGUCGUCUCCUUCACCGAGGAGCGUCUGGGCCAGACCGCCAUCGACAACAGUGGCAACCAGGAUGGCGAGGCCGAGGAUGACGAUGAGGACGACGACGACGAUGAGGACGACCGCGACCCGCCCGACAUGGCCUACCCUCCCCUGGGCAUGCAGUUCCGCCCAAACUUUGGCGCCAAGAAGGCCCUCGAGGGCCUCCUCGACAACAUCAACCUGUGGGCCAAGGAGCACGGCUACAAGUGUGCCACCCUGCGGAGCACCCAGAAGCCCGGCGAGCGCGUCCGUGUCGCAAUCCGAUGUGCCCUGGGCGGCGAGGCCCGCUACAAGAUGACCGACGAGAACGGAGAGACCCUCAUCCGGACAAAGAGCGGCCAGCUUCGCAAGCCCUACCGCAAGAGGACCAGCAAGAAGACCGGCUGCCAGUUUGGCUUCAUCCUCGGCGAGACGGGCCAGGGCACAAACGUCUUCGAGGUCCGAUACCACCCCAAUGGGAGCCCGCCUCAUAACCACCCUCCCAUGGAGUUUUAG